ACCCCGACGCCCCGGCGUGCGCGUCCUCCUGCCGGCCUGCAGGCCCGGGGCCUCCGCCCGCUUCCCCGCCGCUGCUCCUCGCGGCCCCGCUCGCGUUCACGCUGUCUCCCGGGCCGGCGCGGCCGCGGGCAACCGCUCCCCCUCCCACCCCCACCCCGCCCCCUCCCCGCCUUUUCCGCCCUCCCGUCCCCCUCCCUCGGCCCGCUGCCGCUGCUCCAGAUGAGGUGAUGGCAACGGCCAACUUCGGCAAGAUCCAGAUUGGGAUUUACGUGGAGAUCAAGCGGAGCGAUGGCCGAAUACAUCAAGCAAUGGUAACAUCUUUAAAUGAAGAUAAUGAAAGUGUAACCGUUGAAUGGAUAGAAAAUGGAGAUACAAAAGGCAAAGAGAUUGACCUGGAGAGCAUCUUUUCACUUAACCCUGAUCUUGUACCUGAUGAAGACAUUGAACCCAGUCCAGAAACACCUCCACCUCCAACAUCCUCAGCCAAAGUAAACAAAAUUGUAAAGAAUCGACGGACUGUGGCUUCAAUUAAGAAUGAUCCUCCUCCAAGAGAUAAUAGAGUGAUUGGUUCUGCACGUGCACGGCCUAGUCAGCUUCCUGAACAGUCUUCCUCUGCACAACAGAAUGGUAGUGUUUCAGAUAUAUCUCCAGUUCAAGCUGCAAAAAAGGAAUUUGGACCCCCUUCACGUAGAAAAUCUAAUUGUGUGAAAGAAGUAGAAAAAUUGCAAGAAAAACGAGAAAAAAGGAGACUGCAACAGCAAGAACUUAGAGAAAAAAGAGCCCAGGAUGUUGAUGCUACAAACCCAAAUUAUGAAAUUAUGUGUAUGAUCAGAGACUUCAGAGGAAGUUUGGAUUAUAGACCAUUAACAACAGCAGAUCCUAUUGAUGAACAUAGGAUAUGUGUGUGUGUAAGAAAACGACCACUCAAUAAAAAAGAAACUCAAAUGAAAGAUCUUGAUGUAAUCACAAUCCCUAGUAAAGAUGUUGUGAUGGUACAUGAACCAAAACAAAAAGUAGAUUUAACAAGGUACCUAGAAAACCAAACAUUUCGUUUUGAUUAUGCCUUUGAUGACUCAGCUCCUAAUGAAAUGGUUUACAGGUUUACUGCUAGACCACUAGUGGAAACUAUAUUUGAAAGGGGAAUGGCUACAUGCUUUGCUUAUGGGCAGACUGGAAGUGGAAAAACUCAUACGAUGGGUGGUGACUUUUCAGGAAAGAAUCAAGAUUGUUCUAAAGGAAUUUAUGCAUUAGCAGCUCGAGAUGUCUUUUUAAUGCUAAAGAAGCCAAACUAUAAGAAGCUGGAACUUCAAGUAUAUGCAACCUUUUUUGAAAUUUAUAGUGGGAAGGUGUUUGACUUGCUAAAUAGGAAAACAAAACUAAGAGUUCUAGAAGAUGGAAAACAGCAGGUUCAAGUGGUGGGAUUACAGGAACGGGAGGUCAAAUGUGUUGAAGAUGUACUGAAACUCAUUGACAUAGGCAACAGUUGCAGAACAUCUGGUCAAACAUCUGCAAAUGCCCAUUCAUCUCGAAGCCAUGCAGUGUUUCAGAUUAUUCUUAGAAGAAAAGGAAAACUACAUGGCAAAUUUUCUCUCAUCGAUUUGGCUGGAAAUGAAAGAGGAGCUGAUACUUCCAGUGCAGACAGGCAAACUAGGCUUGAAGGUGCUGAAAUUAAUAAAAGCCUUUUAGCACUCAAGGAGUGCAUCAGAGCCUUAGGUAGAAAUAAACCUCAUACUCCUUUUCGAGCAAGUAAACUCACUCAGGUGUUAAGAGAUUCAUUCAUAGGUGAAAACUCUCGUACCUGCAUGAUUGCCACAAUCUCUCCAGGAAUGGCAUCCUGUGAAAAUACUCUUAAUACAUUAAGAUAUGCAAAUAGAGUAAAGGAGUUUGGAAUUAGUCCAUCAGACAUUCCCUUCUCACAGGGUAGUGGCAGUCGCCCUGAUCUCUCUCCUUCUUAUGAGUAUGACGACUUUUCUCCUUCAAUUACCAGGGUGAAAGAAUUGACUGUAGAUCCAACCGCUGCUGGUGAUGUCCGUCCAAUAAUGCACCAUCCACCAAACCAGAUUGAUGACUUAGAGACACAGUGGGGUGUGGGGAGUUCCCCUCAGAGAGAUGAUCUGAAACUUCUUUGUGAACAAAAUGAAGAAGAAGUUUCUCCACAGUUGUUUACUUUCCACGAAGCUGUCUCACAAAUGGUAGAAAUGGAAGAACAAGUUGUAGAAGAUCACAGGGCAGUGUUCCAGGAAUCUAUUCGAUGGUUAGAAGAUGAAAAGGCUCUCCUAGAGAUGACUGAAGAAGUAGACUAUGAUGUAGAUUCAUAUGCUACACAACUUGAAGCUAUUCUUGAGCAGAAAAUAGACAUUUUAACUGAGCUUCGGGAUAAAGUGAAAUCUUUUCGUGCCGCUCUACAAGAAGAAGAACAAGCCAGCAAGCAAAUCAAUCCGAAGAGACCCCGUGCCCUUUAAAUUGGCAUUUGCUGCUAUAGGAUCCCCAGAACCCUCACUACUGUAACAUACAAUGGUUCAGCUGUAAGGGCCAUUUGAAAGUUUGAAAUUAAGUGUCUGUGGAAAAUGUCUUGUCCUUCACCUGAAUGACAUUUCAAUUUUGUGAAACACUCCUUUGUCUACAAAAUGCUUCUAAUCCAGGAGGCACAACCAAAAAUUGGGAUUAGUGAAGCAUUUUGUUUCAUUUACCCAAAUAGUGAUUUACUUUUGGAGAUCCUUGCCAAUUUUAUUUUCUAUAUGAUGAAGACUGUGGACUCGAUCCAGAGGUGGAUAGUAGAGGGAAGCCACAGCAUUUCCUUUUAACUCAGUUCGAUUUUCGUAGCGAGACUGAGCAGUUUUAAAUCCUUUGCGUGCAUGCAUACCUCAUCAGUGAUUGUACAUACCUUGCCCACUCCUAGAGACAGCUGUGCUCACCUCUUCCUGCUUUGUGCCUUGACUAAGGCUAUUAACCCUAAAUUUCUGAAGCACAGCCAAGAUAAAUUACAUUCCUUAUUUGUCAUUGUAAAUUACCUUUGUGUGUACAUUUCUACUGUAUUUGAAACAUUUUUUUGUGUGUGACUAGUUAAUUUUGCAGGAUGUGCCAUAUCAUUGAACGGAACUAAAGUCUGUGACAGUGGACAUAGCUGCUGGACCAUUCCAUCCUAUAUGUAAAGAAAUCUGGAAUUAUGAUUUUAAAACCAUAUAACAUGUGAUUAUAAUUUUCUUAGCAUUUUCUUUGUAAAGAACUAAAAUAUAAACUAGUUGGUGUAUAAUAAAAGUAAUGAAAUUCUGAGAAGAGUUUUAUCUUAGGAAAUUACAUAUAUAUGCAGUGUGUGUGCCAGUGUGGUAUUAACAAGACUAAUAGUGCAAUUUGAUCCUUACCAAUACAUUUCUUAAUUUCAAGUGUUCAUUAGCACCCCAAAAUAUACCUUUUUUAUGUACUGUUAAAGGAAAUUGGCUUCUGAUGCAUGAACAUUAUAUGUACAUUGAGAGUAGUCCAUAAUAGAAGUUAGUUUAAGCCAAGUGUAGACAGUACAUAACUCCCUUGAAAAAGAAUUAAGCUGAAAAAGAGUUGAGUUUGCCUUAAAAGGCAGAUCUAACCCAAGCUCCAUCUGGUACCAAAUGUGCAAUUUCACCAUUAUUUGGUGAGAAUCACCAAAUUCUCACCAGCAGAUUGGUGUAGGGUAUGCUACUUUUUAAAUGGCAGCACUUAUUUUUACAGAUUGCUACUCCAAGAAAGAAAACUGGCCACUUUUCAUGUAAAUAUUUUGUUGAAAGAUUUAUAUAUCUAGGAGUUUUCCCUCAGUUCCCAGGAUGGAGUCCAGGAGUAGAUUACCCACCAAAAAAUCUCCCAAGUAUAUCUUCUUUUGAUUACUUUAGGGAACUAGCUCAUUCCUAUGGGCCAAAGGGAAGCUAUGAAUGGAGAAUUACAUGAGCCAGAUUCUUUACUUCAUUGUUCAUAAAACCCAGGGGGUAGUUGUGAAAGAUCCUAACACCAUGGUGAAAAGCUGUGUAAACAUGAUAUCUGAAACAAAUGUAGAUUUUCAGUAUGCUUAUUAAUAAAUUAAAUCUAUCAAAUGAGUUUUAGAGAUAAUUUACUUCAAUACAAUCACCUUUGUUUUGGAAGGGACUCAGGUUUUCUUGCAGCUGUAAAAUAUAUUCUAUUUGUGUUUAUUUCAAAGGGAAGAGAAAGAAUGGAGAACUGUUACUAUUGGCCUUACCGAGGCUGUUUAAAAACAUAGUUUUUGAGAAUAACCAAUCUUCAAAGGGCAAUAAAGAUGUGAACUUGCUCAUUUUAAAGCACAACAGAUUAGCUUUAAUUUAUUUUUGCAUUGGAUGGGUACUAUCUUUGGAGGGUCUCCUUAUAGACAAAUAUGCUGCCUUAUACUCUGAUGGCUCCAUUUGGAUUAGGAGUCAAGGUAUUUUAAAAAAUUAAUACCAAAAAGAUCUUGGCAGUAGUAUCAUUCAGUCCUUCAGCUUUACAGAUAGGGAAAACUGAAGGCCAGAAAAAGGAUUAAAAACUCAGCAAUUCAUAGGCAUAGAGGGAAAUGACCUAAGAAAGCUGAGUUAAAUCUUAAACUUUUUCUAUAAGGAUAGAGAUGGUACAGGUGAACUCUGCAAAGUAGUUUUUGAAGUUAAAAAAAAAAGUACCCUUAAGUAUAAUUAAUAUUCAUAUAACAAAAGUGGAUUGAUGGAGCUAAGUAACUUUAAUAUUUUGUUCUGGAUUAAGGAUUCUUUAGUACUUUCUUAGACUUGAAAGCUGAUAUCCCUAUUAAUAAGUAAUUAAGAACAUGCAUUAUUUUAACUAUGAAUAACAUUACUAUGACUUUGAAGCCAGAUUUCAAAAUCUGGCUUUGCUAAAUUAAGUGAAAAUACUCCUAUUAAGUUAGGUAUAAAGAAAGCCAAAUGUCAACGAAGAUAUUUUUAUUCGUUUUCUUAAUAAAAUAGCUACUAUAAUUCUUUAUUAAAGUAUAUUAACAUCACUGAGUAUUACAUUGAUUAAACAUAGUAGCUAAUAAAACUUGUUAAUGACAUCUAUUGAAAUUCUCAAUCUGACAGUUUUAAAAUGGCUUAAAACUAAGCACCAGGUAUACAAAAAAAUACUGGAAAUUUUAAUUAUCCAUAGCCAUGAAUACUGGGAAUGUAUAGUUGUGGGGAAACGGCUGUUUUUUUGAAGUUGAAAACAGAUUUUAACUAUAAAACCUGUUUUGAUUUAAAAAGCCCUUUGAAAUUUUGCUAAACCUAUACUUUUUUCCCCAAGAAAAACCAUAAUUUUAUAGUUAAUUUCAUUCUAGUUGAGCUUCCUCAUUUUACAAGGAGUCAUGCCCAGAAUAUGCCCAGCACAGCAUAGUGGCAGCAGCAGACUCAGGGUUACCCAGAACGCUGAUGUAGUCUAUGAUGCUACAGAAUAGCUAAAGAGGCAAUAAGAGGAGACACUGUAUAGGAUAAAUACGGAAAAGAAUGACAGAAGCAAAAUAAAACACUUUAAGAGACAAUUGUUUUACCAUACAUGUGAAUAACAAGAAACAGUAUAGGAAAUAUGUGACUAGAGAAGCAUAUUUUAACUUUUUUAAUACUUGAGGGACAGAGCUAAAGGCCUAAAGAGGGCCUCACGGUAUAUAACACAGUAAAUAGAAAAGGAACAUCUUUAUAUGAUAAACUGUUAGAAAUGGUAAAUUUAAGUAUAAAGUUGUGCGUAUCUGCGGCUCUUGAACUUGAAGGUUAUUAUGAAUAGAUUGGACCCUGCCCUAUGUUAUAUAUUAAAAACAAACCAAAACCCAAAAAACUUAGGCCCUUAGAACUGACCACCUUAAAAAUUUAGAAUAACUGGUGACAACAGUAGUUUUAAGCCAAAAAUAGUCAAGCAAAUAAAUAACGUCCCAGUAGAGCAAAAGCAAAGUUCAUCUUCUCAAAUGAUGAAAAUAUAAUUCAUUUCUUUUCUUGACCUUGAAAAUUCUGUUUUCCAAAUACCUAGGAAAAAUGAAUACCUUCUGCAUUGAAUCCAUGUAGCAAUCUGAAAAAAAAACCAGAAUGGAAUGGUAUUGAAAAGCUAAUAUGUGGCACAUAAUGGUGUAUAAUUCUAUACCAUUAAUUCUAAAACAUGAACAUGUCAGCAUACUCAUGCAGCCCACCCACUCCUCACACUAGUCGUUAAAGAAACCUUACUGUCCAACUAAAUGUGUAAGAUAUAUAUUGGUUAAAACCAUGUCAUGGUGCCUCUUUCACUGUAGCCUAUAUGUCUUAAGUUAUAAUGAAUUUGACUAAAAUUAUCUUAGACUGCCACUAUCCCUGGUCUAAGAGCUCACUGGCAUUUGUUCCAUUUCAACAUGGUAAAGGAACAAGAGCUGUUUGGAAUUAGAGGUAGAAGUCAGAUAAAUGACCAAUCUUACAUGCCCAUUCUUCCUUUCUGAGCUGUUUUAAGGUUCAAAUACUUACACCUGUUUCUCUCUGUGGACUAACCUAUGUUUUUAUUAGAUUCUAGUUAGCAAACUGCACAUGCUCAAUAACCUUGAGGAAAUUCAGUGAGAGCGGAGGAAGACACAAUAUUUCUAUUUCGACCUGAGAUUAUUUUUAGGCUAGCUCAUAGGAACAGGUCCAGGUAAAUUAAAAUGUCUGAAAAAGCAAAGUAGGUACUCAGGAAUAGUGUUCAACACCUAGGACUAACAUCUAAUAAAGACUCAGUAAUGACAGCAUUUGUCAGUAAUGUAGAACUGUGUUUCCAGCUUAGACAAAGUAAAACCAAUGACUUUUCUAGCAAUCUACCCUCAUUCAGCCUCUAGAACAUGGAAGCUUUAAAAGUGAAUUGGCUAAAUAGGCAAGAACCUCUGAAAGUUAACAUGUUAAUUAAAAACAAAGAGUAUAGGUUAAUAAUUACCUGGGUAAUUAAUUGAAGCCUUACUCUGCUUUCAUAAGACUUACUUGUUUACUUAAAGGAAAACAGAUUUUGGUCUAAAUUGCCCAGAUAAUUAUGACACCUUUUUACCUAAGAUAUGUAAAACCUGCCUCAGGCUACAAAAACAACUAUUACUAAAUGGGUAACCAGGUAUGAUUGUAACUGACAUUAUUUCAUGCUUAAGAUCUAUAUAACAAUAGCUAUUCCCAAUAAGGAAAUAAAAAAAAAUUAGAUCCAGUUACACAUAUUUUGAUUUUUUUCUACCUUAUGGGCUACUUUGGAGGGACAAGCUAUUAAAGACUAAGACUGUGAAUGAGAGUUGGGGGAGGGAGCAGGAAGCGAGGAGCAUGUACACAGCACAACACACGUUAACACAGAGGCAACCUUCUGGCUCAGACUGUUCUUUACUGCUAUUAAAAGAAAAUGGUCAUUCUGCUGCAGCUAACUAGCCUCCAUCUUUUACACCAAAUACUAUUCCAUGCCAUGGAAGUGCUAUGCAAUAACUCUCCCAGGUAGCACCUUAUACCGCUUAAAAGCCUUUAAAUCUCUAAUCUGAAGGUGUCACAGUAAAGAAAUGUAAACACUUAGGAAAACAAAAAUGUAAUUACCUGAUGAAGUCAUCUAUGUCCAUGGAACGGGCCCGUUUGUCACUAAAACCUGUGCUGGUUAGGAUUUGCUGUAUUUUAUCUGCUAUGCUGAAAUCUUCUGGUAUUACCUAUCAAUAUAAGAUUCAGAAUAAAAGAACAACAUAUCUUUAA